GAGCGACUGCGGAAAUCACUUUUGCUCCGCCCACCGUGGGAAAUAAUUGUUUGAAUUUCCCAGGCGGUGGACGACGUUUUGUUUUGUUUCUUAAUGGCGUUUGUGGGAGAAAUCUGGUUGUGGCACAUUUGAGCCUCGAUCAUCCUUUCCUCCUGAAGGAAGAGAGAUGGCUGCAGCACAAUUAGCUCAGAUGACUGUGGAUUUUGAAGAUGUUGCUGUUUAUUUCACCAAAAGGCAGUGGGCUCUUCUGGAUCCUCAUCAAAAAUCUUUGUAUAGUGAUGUCAUGGAGGAGAAUUACAGCAAUGUGGCUUUUCUGAUGGGAUCUCCAGUUCUCAAGCCUGAUCUGAUCUCCCGGCUGGAACGAGAGGAAGAGCCGUGGAUUCCGGUUCCCUGCAAGUUGGAUGGAGGCAAGACUGUGGACUCUGGAGCAGGUGGAAGAGCUGCAUCCUGGCCUUGUCCUGGGAUGCCCACUCCUCUUGGCGGAAGGGACACAGCGGGGACAGAGCUCAGGCAGAGACCGGUGACAUUUGAGGAUGUGGCUGUGUAUUUUUCGGAGUGGGAGUGGGAUUUGCUGGAUCCAGCUCAAAGAGCCUUGUACAGGGAUAUCAUGCUGGAGAAUUAUGAAAAUGUGGCCUCACUGGGAUGUCCUGUUCUCAAACCCUUCCUGAUCUUCAGCUUGGAAGAAGGGGAAGAACCUUGCGUGCCAGAGUCACAAGGCAGGGAUGCAAAGACAACCUUAGACUCCAGCGUAGCAGGUGAAAAGAAAAAAAGACACAUCUGCCCAGAUUGUGGGAACAGUUUUACUGUAAUAGCAAGCCUUGUGAGACACCAAAGAUCCCACACAGGGGAGAGACCUUAUAAAUGCCUCGAGUGUGGGAAGGGGUUUCGUGACAAAGGAGGCCUCGUUAAACAUCGGAGAAUCCACACUGGCAAAAAGCCCCAUGAGUGCCAGGAAUGUGGCAAAAGAUUCACAGAAAGAGAUGCUCUUAUUCAGCAUCGGAAAACCCAUCUAGGUGACAUGAGGAAACGAUAUGUGUGCCUGGAGUGUGAGAUGAGCUUUCUCAGCAAAGGAGGGCUUGAGAGACACCAGAGAGUCCACGCGGGAGAAAAGCCCUUUGAGUGCCACGACUGUGGGAAAAGCUUUUACGACAACGGGAGCCUGGUGAGGCACAAGAGGACCCACAAGCAGGAUAGGCCAUACUCCUGCCUGGAGUGCGGGAAGCGCUUUAACAUCAAGUCGAACCUUGCGAGACACCAGAUCCUCCACAAAGAAGCCAAGCCCUUCCAGUGUCUUGACUGCGGGAAGCAAUUCAGCAGGAAGGGGCGUUUCCUGAAACACGCGGGCGAGAAGCCGUACGAGUGCCCCGUGUGUGGCAACGCAUUUUGCGAGAGGGGAAAGAUGGUCAGGCAUCGGAAUCAGCACCCAGAUGACAUGAGAGAAAAGUUCUCAUGCCCAGAAUGCGGGAAGACUUUUAACAAGAAAUCCAACAUGCGGAGCCACCAGAAAAGCCACACAGCAGAGAGGCCCUUUGAGUGCUAUGACUGUGGGAAAAAGUUCAAAAACAAGUGGGACCUUGGAACUCAUCAAAACAGCCACCGGGGAGAGAAGCCCCACAAAUGCUUCGAGUGUGGGAAGAAGUUUAGCACCAAAACAGUCCUGUAUCAACAUCACAGGAUUCACACUGGGGAGAAACCCUAUUCUUGCCCUGAGUGUGGGAGACAGUUCAACCUCAAAGGAAACCUUGAUCGACAUCGAAGAAUCCAUGUUGGAUAAGACAAGAUGGCCAUAGAGCAGUGCUACCUUUUGGUCAGAAGCUGUGUCGUAGAAAAGGACAGACUUUUUUUUUACUUUUUAGCUGAAUAAUUACUUUGAGUGGCGUUGGGAGACCCGUGGCCUUCCAGAUGCUGUUGGACUCCCACUCACACUAUCCCUGACCAUUGACCAGGCCGGCUGGGGCUGAUGGGGGCUGUAGUCCAUCAACAUUUGGAGAGCCACAGGUUCCCUGUGCCUGAUUUAGAUCAAGGGUCAUGAACCUUUUUCAGGCUGAGGGGCACAUUCCUUCAUGGGCAACUUUUCUACGGCAGGGUAUAUUUUAGCCACGCAGAAGUCAGAGAUUUCUGCACAAAUAUCUUCUCCACACCUCCCCAUCCAAGUAAGCAAGAAGCAUUAUUACAGUUCAAGGCUGUGUUCCAACCAGACACAAGCGUUUGAGGAGGGCGAAGAGAGGGGUGGACCCUGGGGAAAGUCUGAAGGGCCAGACUGAGAAGCUAGAGGGAGCUAGAGGGAGCCCCAGCUGACGAAGCGUCAAGGCCCCAGCUGACGAAGCGUCAAGGCGAGUUAAGCAGCAGAGCGAAAAGAGGGUAAGUAGCUCCCAUUUAUUCCAUUAUUUAAUUGAAGUAAAACAGCUCAGAGCAAUAAGUAAUAAGGGCAGCCCAAGGUCACCCUGAGCUAGGAGCCAAAUCCUGAAAGAACCUAUAUCUUAGGAGACAGAUCCUAGGAGAAGGAAGCGUAUAGAAAGCUAGUUUUCAACACCACCCUAGCAGGAAAGCUUCAGGGGACACUGUAAACAAGGCUAAAUUCCAGUCGGAGAGAAGGGGGAAAAGGAAACUCCACCGAUACAUACAGGGAGAGAAUCAGCUCAGUCCUUGCUAAAAAGGGCAGCUUCAGCCUUCCUGAAACACAACCACAAGCUCUGUUUCCCUAGGUUAAAGAAAGGUCAGGCUGUUCUAGGUGGGAAAACAACAAACAAAAAAGACUUGCCUGGAAGGCGCAGCCACUUGCUUAGAUUAAAAGCAGCCAAAAGCUUAAACAGCCCCGCCCCUCGCUCAGGAAGGAAGCCGCCUUCCUGCCUUCAAAGGAAGGAAGCCUGAGUGAAUACUAAAGAGUUAAGCCCCAGCUGAUAGCCAUCAGCCUCAAGUAACACAUCAUUGGCUGGCAGCAGUAGCUGGGAGGAACCAGCCACACAUAUAAAGUCAGAGCACCCUAGCGAAGGAGCCUGCUCCACGAGCUAGAGGGAGCCCCAGCUGACGAAACGCCAAGGCGAGUUCGGCAGCAGGGCGAGUUCGGCAGCAGGGCGAGUUCGGCAGCAGGGCGAGUUCGGCAGCAGGGCGAGUUCGGCAGCAGGGCGAGUUCGGCAG